AUGGACCCAGAAGCAACCUCUGAUUAUUGGGAUUAUUCCUCCGGGACAAGCACAGACCCUGAUGACCUGGAGGAGACCCACUUCCACGCUCCUUACACAUCCCCUGUCCUCCCCUCCUUUUACACAGCCGUGUUCCUGAUCGGGGUGCUAGGAAACCUCCUCCUCAUGGGCGUGCUGCACUUCAAACGGGGCAGCCGGAGGCUGAUGGACAUCUUCAUCGUGAACUUGGCCGCCUCCGACUUCAUCUUCCUCAUCACGCUGCCUCUCUGGGUGGACAAGGAAGCCUCGUCAGGGCUGUGGAGGACAGGCUCCUUCCUGUGCAAAGGCAGCUCCUACAUGAUCUCGGUCAACAUGCACUGCAGCGUCUUCCUGCUCACCUGCAUGAGCGCGGACCGCUACCUGGCCAUCCUGUGGCCGGCCGCGUCCAGGAAACUCAGAAGGAGGGACUGUGCCUAUGGGGUCUGUGCCAGUGUCUGGUGUAUCUCUUGCCUCCUGGGGCUGCCUACUCUUCUGUCCAGGGAGCUCACCCUGAUCCAAGAUAAGCCAUACUGUGCAGAGAAGAGGGCCACUUCGGCUAAACUGACCUGGGCCCUGGUGUCCUUACUUUUUACCUUCUUCGUGCCUUUGGUGAGCCUUGUGACCUGCUACUGCUGUAUCGUCAGGAAGCUGUGCGCCCAGUACCAGCGGACGGGAAAGCACAACAAGAAGCUGAGGAAAUCCAUCAAGAUCAUAUUUAUUGUCGUGGCCGUCUUUGUGAUCUCCUGGCUGCCCUUUAACACGUUCAAGCUUCUGGCCAUUGUGUCUGGGCUGCAGCAAGAACACUACGUCUCCGUGUCUUUCCUCCAGCGGGGCAUGGAGGUGAGCGGGCCCUUAGCCUUUGCCAACAGCUGUAUCAACCCUUUCAUUUACUACAUCUUUGACAGCUACAUCCGCAGGGCCACGGUGCAGUGCUUGUGCCCUGGCCUCAAGAGCUAUGACUUUGGGAGCAGCACGGAGACAUCGGAUAGUCACCUCACGAAGGCUCUCUCCAACUUCAUUCAAGCCGGGGAUUUUGCCAGGAGUAGAAAGAGGUCUGUGUCCCUCUAA